AUGACGACAGAUGUAAUGAAACAAAUCACUUGGAUUGAUAGCUCUAAAUUUGUAUUUCCAAUGCACUUACUGAAAGACAAAUUUACAACGAAAAUAAGUGCUUUGAAAAUGAAUGGAACAAAUUUGGAAUAUCUGAGUCAACUCCCAAACAUACGAAAAGUUGUGUUUGAUGGAGAAAUCAAUUUUGGUAGACUUGAACAAAUUAUCAACGAAGCACAUUUGACGACAUUGAGAUGUGUUGUUGUCUAUUCGCAAAACGUCAAAAAACCAUAUUUGGAACAUAUUCAUCAAUUUUGUAUUAAAAACAAUGACAUAUUUGUUGGCAUUGCAACUAAAAAUUGCCAAAUACCAAUGGAUGUAUUAGAAAGAAAAGUGCUAAAUAACUUACGAUGUGCACUUUAUGACUAUGACAAUAUGGGCGAUUAUUUCAAACCAAAAGUCAUCAACUUUGAAAAUGUGAAUUUGAAGUAUGACACUUUAGACUCGGCUGUUAUGAAUGAAAUUGUGGAAGAAACAACAAACAGUAACAUUCAAACUUUACACAUUGAAGUCGCUCAUAAUAAUAUGGACAAAAUAUCUCUUUCUUGUGUUAAAGCAAAAAGAAUUGAGUUAUUUGUUACACAUGGAAAAACACUGAAAUUUACCAAAUGUGAGACAUUGUCUGACAUCUAUGUGAACACUAAAAUGUGUGCUGUUGAUCUCAAAACACUUCUUGACAUUCAGUCGCUUGAGAGAAUUGAAAUCAAAGGAAAUUGUAUAUUGGAGAAAACCACAAAGGAACACUAUGAAGUGCACAUGCCAGAACACUACAAAAGUGUUGUUUUUCACACAAAAUUUGCAUUAAACACACUUUUUGAUUAUUCGCAAUGUUACAAAACACUUCAAAAAAUAAAAAUGAACACAUCUGAUGCUGAAAUUGACUUGUUUAAAUUUGGAGAAUUGCUUGAUAUGGAAAUUGAAAGCACAUCUCCAACACACUGCACUCUCACUCUUCCAAACAUCAACAGAAGACCAACAACUUUCAAUACAAAGGAUUAUAGUAGACCUUAUAAAGCAACUUUGGUAUUCAAGUCAAAGAGUGCAAAGCUGUGUGUCUACAAUUUGCGCAAUUUGACUGAAAUUGACAUUGAAGGCGACAUCGAUGAAUUGGACUUGAGUGAUUGUACGCUGUGUGAAAAGCUGCGAGUUGUUUCAAGUGCAAAAGAGACUCUAAUAACACCACAGUCUUUCUAUCAGCUUUAUCAGUUGUUUGAUAAAACAAGGAGCUUGGCGUCCCUUUAUUACAACCCAAUUUGUUAUUCAUUCAUUUUGAGAGAAAUUGCAUUAAAAGGGAAUGUGAAUAUCAAGCACAAUCAAUUGUAUUUCAGAGUCGUGUUUUGUGUUGAUGUGGAUACUAAAAUAGACAUUGAUUCAAAAUACAUCAAUCAAAUAUCAUUUUUUGGUGUUAGAAGAUUAAAUUUUGGAGAUGUCAAUGUACAAGAUAAAACCGAAAUGGAAAAGCAGACAAAAGAAACGUUUGACAUUGCUACAAAAAAUCGCAACAUCAAAAUUGGAAAACAAACACCAAAAUUCAAACGAAUUGGAAAUCUCUUUUAUUUUGUUGCAGAACACUUGACAGAAGAUGACAAAGAAGACAUCAAGUUUGAUACUAACAGAAAAAGAAAGAUGGGAAAAUCUCAACAGAAAACAAAACAUUCAAAAAACAUGUUGUGUGUUGAACAACAAUACGAUGAUCACUUUAUCAAUUCAGAAGAUGAAGAUGUCGACUCAAACAAUUCCGAAUGUCAAUGA